AUGAAUAGAAAUAAAAAGUCGGUAAAUGUUGUUUUACCAUACAAUACUCAACUAUUCUUUUUGUAUUUAAUAUUAUUUUUAACUUAUUUUAUUACCGGUAUCUUUACAUUAAAAAAUAUAUCCCAUAAUAAUUCAUUAAAAAGUACAUCAUCAGUAUUUAUGUUAGCUAAAAAACAAUCAAAUAUUAUUAUAUUUAAUUUUACAAAAAAUUUUAAUGAAUUUGAUGAAAAUACAAAUUAUCAAUUUAUAUCUAGUAAAAAUAUAUUUUCAAAAGUUAAUGAAAUUUUUCCUCUUAUAAUGACAGGAGCUUGGAAAAAAAGAAAAGGAUAUUUUUUUGAGAAUUGGAUUGAAAAUAAUAGAAACAAUGACUUUAUUCGUAUUGUAAAUUUAAAUAAUGGUACCAUAGAGGAAAAAAUGGAAAUAAUUGAACAUAUAAAUGAGGAGAGUGUUAGUAGUAUAGCAUUUGACUGGACGACAAAUAAUUUAUUUGUUGGAGUUAAUACAGAUUCAAUUCAAAAUACGGGUAGAAUAGAUGUAUGUAAAGAAAUUGAAAAUAAUAAAACACAAUGUGGGACAAUUAUUUAUCGUGGUCUUAAUAAUUUAGAAAGUUUAUCAUUAGAUCCUUUAGAUGGAUAUAUGUAUUGGAUAAAUCGUAAUGGUAAAAGAGUUGAGAGAAGUUUUAUUAAUGGAAAACAUCAUGAAAAACAUCCUUUUCAAGAGAAUUAUUAUACUAUUGAUAAAGUUUACAAAAUAUCAUCUUUAUCAUUAGAUAUUGUAAGUAAAAAAUUAUACUAUAUUUCUUCAAAAACAAGUACCUCUUUAAAUGAAAUUAUUUCAUGUGAAAUGUAUCAAAGAGAUUCAUGUAGAUCAAUAAUUAAUAAUAUUAAUGCUUUUCAAAUAGGAUUAAUUGAAAAUAAUAUAUUUUGGAGUAGUCUUACAAAAAUAUAUGGAGAAAUAGAGGCAUGCAAAAUUGGUAGUUGCAAAGAAACAAAAAUAACUAUUACUAAUUCAACAAAUAUUGAAUAUUUUAGUUUUAUUGGAAAUAAAAAUCAACCAGAAAGAAUUAAUCCAAAUCCUUGUGCCAUAAAUAAUGGUUAUUGUAGUCAUUUUUGUAUUUUACAUCCUGGUGAACCAUUCUAUUCUUGUCAUUGUCCUGUUGGAAUUAGUCUUUUAUCAGAUAAAAAAACAUGUAAUCCUAAUGGAAUUGAUAAAAUUUUAUUUAUAGCAUCUGCCUCAGGAUUAUUAUAUAUUUCUCUUGAUACUGAUGAAUUUAUUCCUAGAUCUGUUAUGACAUAUAAUUCUAUAAAAAAUCAUGAAAAUAAUGAAAAUUCAAUAAUUUUAGAUAUAGAUUAUGAUAAUUUUAACCAAUAUAUAUAUUGGAUUGAAGAUAAAAAAAAUAAAAACAUAGUUAGGCGUAUUAAAUUUAAUGGUAAUUAUAGUGAAGAAAUAUUAACAUCUAACAAAAGUGAAACUAUUGACUCAUUUAAAAUUGAUCAUCAUAAUGAAAACAUAAUAUGGUUAGAUUCAAGUAAUGGAAAAAUUGAAAUGAUGAGUUUAAAAACAAAGGCAAGAAAAAUAAUUUAUUUUUCAAAAUAUCUUAAAAAAGUUAAUACAUUUGCCUUUGACAAAAAUACAGGUACUGUAUUAUUUUAUGAAAAAAGACAUUCUGCUUAUACUAUAAAAAGAUUACAAGUUAAUGGAAAUAAGGAGACAUCUCUUAUACAUUUACCUUUAGAAUCAUAUCCAACAGGAAUUGAGAUUGACUCAGAAAAUGGAAGAUUUUAUUGGGCUGAAAGUGGAUCAAAUUCUAUUUUAUCGGCAUCUUUAAAUGAUGGAAGAAAUGUUGAAAUUAUAACUAGUGGUCUUCAUAAUCCACAAUCAAUUUCAAAAUUAGAUAAUAAAUUGUACUUCAAUUCAAUUAAUGAUCGUGGAGUUAAUUAUAUUAUAUUAGAUGAUAUUGAAAAUAACAAUAAUGAUUCCUCAUAUGAAUAUUUAGAUGAAAGUAUUAAAAAGAUGAAUAUAUAUCAGAUAUCUGAUAAUAUUAUUAAUGGAAAUCAAAGAGGAUUAAAAGCGGUAAAUGUAAAAGAAAAAAAUCAUACUAAAUUAGAUUGUAAAAAUUAUGGAUGUUCUCAUAUUUGUUCUAUUGUUGAUAGUAAUGAUAUUAAAUGUUUAUGUCCAAAUGGUAUGGUUUUAAAUAGUUUAAAUUUUAAAGAAUGUAUAGAAAUUGAAGUGAGCCUUAUAUAUUCAAGAUUUUCUAUUGAUGAUGAUUUGGUACAAAGUAGUUUAACUGAACCUAGAACAAUUAUACAAGAAAGAAUGUAUUUAGAUGAUAUUUCAGAUUCAAUUCAAUUUAUCAAACCAACAAAAGAUGGAAAAUAUAUUUUAAUUGCUGGUACAGGAAGAAAUCCAAGUCAAUUUCAUCAACAAAUUGGAUUUAUUAAAAAAAUAAAUUUAUUAAAUCAUAAAACAGAAACACUUUUAAUGAGUACCUCAGCACCAAUGAUAACAGGCCUUACAAUUGAUGAAAUAACAGGAAACAUAUUUUUUUCAAAUGGUUAUUUAAAACGUAUUGAAAUUAUAAACAAAAGCGGUACUGUUAGGAGGACAUUUUUAUGGAAAAAUAUUGAUCCUAUAUUUGUAACUAUUGAAAAUACCCAAAAUAUGAUAUAUUUUAUUAAUGAUUCUAUGACAAUUGCCCGUACCUCAAUUUUUUUAAAUUACGAAAAUAUUUUUAUUAUUCAUAAAUCAAAAAAUCCAAUAACAUCAUUUACAAUUGAUAGUAUAACAAAAAAAAUAUUUUGGUCAACAACCUCAAUUCAUACAUCAAUUGGUUUACUAUUUUCAUCUGAUUUUGAUGGUUCAAAAAAAAAACAACUAUACUCAUCAGUAAAAUUUCAUCCAUUAUAUUUAACAACUUAUUUAUCUAAAAUAUAUUUUUUUAACAAACUUAAUGGCACUUUAAUGUUAUAUGAAGAUGAUAAAGUUGAUGUGUUGGAACAGGUUGAUGAUUUAAUAUCAAUGAAUAUUUAUAAUAAAAAAAAUUUAAAUAUUUUUAAAGGAAUAGAAAAUCAAAAUCCAUGUGGAAAAGAAAAUGAAAGAAAUAAAUGUAAUCAUUUAUGUAUACCUAAAAAUUUUGUUGAAUAUGAAUGUUUAUGUAAUGAUCAUUUUGAAUUAGAUAAAAAAAAUGGAAAAUGUAAAAUAAAUGGUGAAUUUUUAAUGAUAUCUGAAGGAAAUAAAUUAUUAAGAAUGCCUAUAUUAAAAUCAUCAAAUAUAAAAGAAAUAUUUUCAAAUUCUAUACCAUAUUAUUUUGAUAUACCAAAUAUUGGUGAAAUUCAUUCAUUAAUUUUUGAUCCAUUAUCAAAAUUUCAAUAUUUUUAUUGGAUAGAUUCAACCAAUCCAAAUUAUAUCUAUCGUUCAUCAUUUAAUAAUACAAUAUUAACAAUAACAUUAGAUGAAAUUAAAGAAUAUUCAUUAUGUAAAACAUUUUAUUAUUUAUCAUUAGAUAUUCAGGGAAGGCAAAUAUUUUUAUCAUGUUCAACAGGAAAUUCAUUUAACUCAUCAUCUAUUCAUUCAUUUCGUAUAACUCCUAGUGAUAAUCUUCAAUAUAGUGGUACAAUUAUCCCAGAAAAUCAAUAUUCACCCCGACAAUUAGUAGUAUUUAGUAAAUUAAAUGUUUUAUUUUUUAUAAAUGCAUUAACGGAUACAACAAGUCAAAUAAUAAGAUGCCGUUUUGAUGGUCGUAAUUGUAAAGCAUUAUCAUACACUUCAACUGAUGAUUUACCAUGGCAUUCAUUAUCAUUAUCAAUUGAUGAAUUUACACAAAGAUUAAUUUAUGUUUCCCCAUCAACAAUUUUUUCAAAAGAUGUACAUAUUGAUUUAGAUUUAAGAAAACAAUUAAAUAUAAAUGACAAAAUACAUAUUUCACAGGCAUUUGGAAUGACAGGUAUUGCACUUUCUCAUAAUUAUAUGGCUAUUGGCAUAAAUAGUAGAGCAAAUGUUGGAUUAUUUCUUUUUUCAUAUAAUAUCUCAUCAAAUGUUGGUGGAUUUAAUGAUUUAAUACCUAUUCAUUAUUACUCACCAAAUCAUAAUGGAAAUUUUAAAAUAAUUGAAAGAGUUGUUUCACAGGAUGAAAAUACAAUAAUUAAAACAUUUGCCUGUACAAAUUCAGAAUGUUCACAUUUAUGUAGAAGUCAAAGAGAUUUUUCUUAUGGAAAAUUAAAUUUUGAAUGUUUUUGUCCCUACAAUUUACGAUUAGAUCCAGAUAAUUUAAAUAAUUGUAUAUCAACAAUACCCUGUAAAUCAUAUCAAUUUAGUUGUAGUGAUGGUCUUCAAUGUAUUCAUAUAUCAAAAAAAUGUGAUAGAAUAAUUGAUUGUAUGGAUACAUCAGAUGAAAAUACUGAUAUAUGUUAUUAUAAUGAAUUUCAAACAAUGGAUUCAGAUAAAUUAUUAAAAUUUGAUGUUGGUUUAUGGCCUUGUUUAACUGGAUCAAAAUCAAUAUCAAAAUUUGAGAUAUGUGAUGGAAAAAUAGACUGUCCAGAUAAGUCAGAUGAAAUGUAUUGUAAAUGUGAAAAUCCCCAAACUCAAUUUGAUUGUGAAAUUAAAUCAACUUUUGAUUUUUCAAUAAAAACAUCAUUUAUAAAUAUUGGAAAAGGAUCAAAUUACGAUGGUUGUAUAGAAAGAUAUAAAUUAUGUGAUGGUAUUUCAGAUUGUAUCAAUUCAACUGAUGAGGCAAAAAAUUUAUGUAGUAUUAUUGAAGCUACAGGAUACAUAAAAGGAACAUUUAAUCAACGUGAUAAAACAUUUAAUUUUAUAAUUUUUGGCAUAGGUAUUACUAUAUUUAUUUUACUUUUAUGUAUUAUAUUUAUUAAUUGUUUUAAAAGAAAUAAGAAAAAGAAUAUAGAUAUUAAUAGGUCAACUGAAACUCAUGUAUUGUUAAAUCAAAGACAAAACAAUUCACAAAAUCCUGUUGUUGAAGUAGCUUUAAAAACAUAUACAGUACCAUCUGUUGUAGGUUGUAACAAUGAAAAUUCUUAUAUUUUAAAUUCACAAUCUUCAAAUCAAUUACAACAUCAAGAUGUUUUUGAUAGAACUGGUAAUUCAUAUUUUAAUGUUCAUCAUUAUACAAUUGAUUCAUCAUACACAACAGCUUAUGAUGGAAUGCCACAAAUUAAUGGACAAUAUAUAAAAUUUUAUGCUCCACCACCAUCAGCUGCAAGUUUAUCAACUACAUAUGGUGUUGUUAAACAAAUAAAUAAUCGUAAUAAUUCAAGUUUAAUUUCUAAUGAUGAUAGAAAAAUUAAUAAUAGUAAAAAAAAUACAUAUACAAAAUCAAAUACAUCAGAAUCAUCCUCUACACCACCACCACCAUAUGAAAAAUUAUUAAAGAAUACAUAUAAUCAUAGUAAAAAAAAUGAUGAAUUAUCUAAUUCAAAUAAUUAUUAUACCUUACAAAGUCGUAAUAGAAGAUUAAAUUACCGUUUACAUAGAACAUUAUUACAAGAGGAUGACUGUGAAUCAGAUGAAUCUAAUAGUAAUUUUAUUUAA